GUAGGUAGAAAUCCAGACACUAAUAUUUCUUCUGACUAGAGAACCUUGCACUUAUGCCACCUGCUUGUCAGAGACAAAAUAACAUCAACAAAAGCAUGUCGGCAGAUAUUGCUGUUGAAAGAAACUGCAUUAAGCAAAUCCUCAUGAAAAGAAGGCUAGCCAGUGUAAAGGAAUGUUCUUCUAAACGGAAAGCUAGCUGGGGUAUUCUGACCAGUCAAGGUUCCUGGGCAGAUCGAUCCCCGCUGCAUGAGGCUGCAAGUCAAGGUCGUCUUCUUGCUCUCAGAACAUUGUUAUCACAGGGUUAUAAUGUAAAUGCAGUAACCAUAGACCAUGUCACCCCAUUGCAUGAAGCCUGCCUUGGAGAUCAUGUGGCAUGUGCAAGGACUCUUCUGGAAGCUGGAGCAAAUGUGAAUGCAAUCACUAUAGAUGGUGUGACUCCAUUAUUCAAUGCAUGCUCCCAAGGCAGUGCAAGCUGUACAGAGCUUCUUUUGGAAUAUGGUGCCAAAGCCCAGCUGGAGUCCUGUUUUCCUUCUCCCGUACAUGAGGCUGCCAGUAAAGGUCACCAUGAAUGUCUGGAAAUACUGAUAUCCUGGGGUGUAGAUGUUGACCAAGACAUUCCUCAUUUGGGAUCUCCUCUCUAUGUAGCUUGUAUGUCACAGCAGUUCCAUUGCAUCUGGAAACUACUUUAUGCUGGUGCUGAUGUACAGAAAGGCAAAUAUUGGGACACUCCACUGCAUGCGGCUGCUCAGCAAUCCAGUACUGAAAUUGUGAACUUACUUCUAGAAUUUGGAGCAGACAUCAAUGCCAAGAACACAGAACUUCUGAGGCCUGUAGAUGUAGCAACCUCCAACAGUGCUAUGGAAAGAUUACUGCUUCAGUGUGAAGCUACCCCCAGUUCUCUUUGUCAGCUUUGCCGACUCUGUAUCCGAAAUUGCAUAGGAAAACAGAAAAUUCAUCUUAUCCCACAGCUUCAGCUGCCAACACUACUGCAGAACUUCCUACAAUAUCGAUAAAUCAGUAAAACUGUUCUA